AUGUCGAGUCUGUCGGCAAUGGCCGACCGGGUACAACACUACGAAAAGGGCUGCCAAUCUUGCCGUCCCCGCAGCCACUGCAGCUGCUGUUGUCUGCCACCUCCGCCGCAUCAAAUUGUGGUUGGCAACGUCUGCAGCCGCGACGGACGCCGGCAGCACUGCUCUCGCAAACGGCCAGCGUCACUACGGACAAUAGACGCCGCCGCCGCCACGUAUGCCAGCGACCCUGCCACUCGCGGCGACUAA